GCGCAUUUUACGAAGAGUGCGGUGCGCGUACGCACGCACGCACAACAUAUAGGUUAAGCAGAAAUACCGUAGACACUCACACACGCUCAAGAGCAAACACACUCCUAAACACACAGGAAAAAUGCCGAGAGCGCCGGAUUCACGAAAUCAUCAUCAUCGUGUAAAUUGCCCUGAGGUGAGUUCCCUGACCAAGAGGACUGCAUGGCUCCAAGGACUCUUCACACGCCUCAUUAUAAUAAUUCACUUCUCUUAUUUGAGGCACACUUGGGCACAUCCUCAGUGUUUGGACUUCCAGCCACCUUUCAAACCCCCUCACCACCUUGAGUUUUGCAGGCACUAUGAGAAAUUUGGUUGCUGUGACCAAAAAACGGACAACAAUAUUGCAACGAGAUACUGGGACAUUAUGGACCUUAUUGGUGAAGAAGAAUAUGCAGUGUGCGGGGAUCUGGUAAAAGAUAUUAUGUGUCAGGAGUGUUCUCCUUACGCAGCACACUUGUUUGAUGCUGAAGACCCGUACACUCCAGUGCGCCACCUUCCAGGACUGUGCUUCACUUACUGCUCAGACUUUCACAGCAAGUGCCAUUCUGUGGUAAAGUACCUAACCAACAGCCGGACCCUGCAGGAGACGUGCGAGAAAGACCGCUCGCAUUUCUGUAACCUCAUUAACCUCCCUGACCAGGACUACUGCUACCCCAAUGUCCUGAAGAACAAUAACCUGUAUAGCAAUCUGGGAAAAGUUGUGGAGGACCCCAGAGGCUGCCUCCAACUGUGCCUGACAGAAGUGGCAAAUGGGCUGAGGAACCCCGUGCUGAUGGUCCACAGCGGAGACGACACCCACCGCAUGUUCGUGGCAGAGCAGAUAGGCUUUGUAUGGGUGUAUCUGAGAGAUGGCAGCCGCUUGGAGCAGCCCUUCCUGGACAUCAGCGGGGAGGUGUUGACCACACCGUGGCUGGGAGAUGAAAGAGGUUUCCUGGGUCUCGCCUUCCAUCCCAAGUACAGAUACAAUGGCCGCUUCUUCAUCUACUACUCCAUUCUGAUCAACGGCAAACUGGAGAAAGUUCGCAUCAGCGAAAUGAAGGUCUCAGCUCAUGACAUGAACAUGGCAGACCCCCACUCAGAGAGAGUUCUUCUUGAGAUCGAGGAGCCUGCAGCAAACCAUAAUGGUGGACAGCUUCUGUUUGGUCUAGAUGGAUAUCUAUACAUAUUCACAGGAGACGGUGGAAAAGCAGGAGACCCUUUUGGGAAGUUUGGAAAUUCUCAAAACAGAUCAGCAUUGUUAGGAAAAGCGCUUCGGAUUGAUGUGGAUGGUAGCAGUUUAGAUGGAAAGCCCUAUAAGAUUCCUCCAGACAAUCCUUUUCUCGGAGAGCCUGAUGCAAAGCCAGAGGUCUAUGCCUAUGGAGUGAGGAAUAUGUGGCGCUGCUCAGUGGAUCGAGGCGAUCCGCUCACCCGUUAUGGCAGAGGGAGGAUCUUCUGUGGCGAUGUGGGUCAGAAUCGAUACGAGGAGGUUGACAUCAUUGUGAAGGGAGGAAACUAUGGAUGGAGGGCCAAAGAAGGCUUUGAAUGCUUUGAUGUGAAACUAUGCCAGAACUCUUCACUAGAUGACAUUCUUCCAAUAUUUGCCUAUGGACACCAUGUUGGGAAAUCCGUAACUGGAGGUUAUGUGUAUAGAGGAUGCGAAUCACCCAACCUCAACGGUCUUUAUAUUUUUGGAGACUUUAUGAGUGGACGACUAAUGGCUCUGGAGGAGGAGAAGAAAACUGGGAGUUGGAAGGAAAAGAAUGUGUGCAUGGGAGACGCUACAACCUGCUCUUUUCCUGGGCUUAUAAAUCAUCACCACAAGUUCAUCAUCUCAUUUGCAGAGGAUGAAGCAGGAGAGCUUUAUUUUCUAGCAACCUCCUACCCAAGUGCAAUGUCUCCUUUUGGCACAGUUUACAAAUUUGUGGAUCCAUCCAGGAGAGCACCUCCAGGAAAAUGCAAAAACAAGCCACUUCCAGUAAAAGUCAGAGGGAAGAAAGUGCCAUUUACACCAAGAGAAUUGACUGUGCUUGGCAUAAGUGAAACACCAACAAGAUCUCCACUGGAAAAGAUCAUACUCCCCACUAAACCACCGGGCACGCGCCAGCCCACAAUGGCCAAACCCUCCACAUCUGCACCGAAGAAAGAAAAGCCGGGCCAAACCACUACAGCAAAAUUGCGCCAAGACAAGCCCAAGAAGACAACUCAACCAAAGGAGAAGCAAAUCAAUGCAAGCGCAAAAACACUAAAGAAAGCUCCUCGUCCUCAUAAGAAGACACUGUUACAAACCAAAAAAGUCACAGAAAAGCCCUAUCACAAUCCAAAGCUGUCCUUAAAAGGACGCUCGGAAAGAAAUAAAACCAAACCGCUCAAACCAACGAAACCAAAAGAGGCGGCACAGCCGAAUGUCUGGCUACAGAGGGCUAAAAAGACUGGGAAAGAGGUGAAGAAACCUGUGAAGAUCAAACCUAAGGCGACUGUUUCUAAAAAGAAUCUAGACGGCGGCAAAAAUACUAAAAAUAGCCCUCUGGCAAAAAAGAGAAAACUGUUUAAAUAAGCCAUGUGCGUGGUGUAGUAAUUAGAUGGUAGUAAUGUAGUGCAGUAAUGAGAAGAUAUCCUGUUCAAACAAUGUAUCGAUGAAAUAGCAGCUCUGAGGUCAGUAAGAUGUGUGAUGUGAGAGACCAAAGAAAAAAACCACAACAGGCUUGCGCCAACAGUUGAUUUUGU